GAACAUAAAACCAGAAAAGACUGCAAGUGUAAUGAUUGCCAUGAUGACCAGCUACACAAAGGAUGUGAGAACCUGAACAAAUGUGCACAGAUGGCUAAACACCUACUAAAUGGCCUGGCAGAAAAAUGGGACUCCCAAAGACCAGAUCAGAAUGAUCAGCUGAGUUUGACCCCAGAGGAGAAA